AAUAAUUAUUGAUUUUAUUUCGAGUUUGUGUCUUUGUGAGUUUAGUUUGUUUAGUGCGAUAAGGUUCAAAGAUCAAUCAAAAAUAUUAAAUUACUUAGAUAAAAUGGCCUAUGACACAGUGGAAAAAUGUACAGCACCAUCAGAAGGAAACGGUGAUUGGAAUAUUUUGUAUUGGAUUUUGGGAACUAUUUGUAUGCCGGUCGCAGUGCCACUGGUAUUGAUUAAUCUAUGGAGACGUUCUUUGGUGGCUAAACAAAGAAAAUGUUUGCCUGGAAAGGUCGUGCUAAUCACGGGGGCCUCUUCGGGCUUGGGAGAAGCAUUGGCUCAUGUCUUCUACAAAGCUGGAUGUAAAGUAAUUUUGGCAGCACGUAGACUAAAUGAAUUGGAAAGGGUGAAAAAGGACCUAAUGGCAUUGGAAGUGGUUGGUACUGCCUAUCCUCCCACAGUAAUGUCAUUAGAUUUGGCUGAGUUGAAUGCCAUACCGAAAUUUGCCAAUGACGCCAUAGCUAUACACAAUGGAAUUGAUAUUUUGAUUAAUAAUGGAGGGAUAAGUGUUAGAGCUGAAGCUAUUUCAACUGCUUUGGAUGUUGACUUGAAAGUAAUGACAGUAAAUUAUUUCGGUACCGUUGCCUUAACCAAGGCUGUACUACCUUCAAUGGUUAAAAAGCAAACAGGCCAUAUAUGUUUUAUAAGUUCAGUGCAAGGAAAAAUUGCAUUGCCGUAUAGGUCUGCAUAUUCGGCUUCUAAACAUGCCUUACAAGCAUUUUCCGAUUCUCUUCGGGCCGAGGUAGCAUCUAAAAGAUUGAAGGUCACAUGCUUUAGUCCAGGUUAUAUAAAAACUCAGUUGUCCGUAAAUGCGUUGACUGCAAGUGGACAAAAACAUGGAAAAAUGGACAAAGCCACAUCAAAAGGCAUGUCAGCCGAGGAAUGUGCCGCUAGUAUUUUGAAAUCAUUGCUGGGCAAUGAAAAGGAUGUUAUCAUUUCAGAUCUCCAAGCUAAGGUUGGAUUUUGGCUGCGCUUUAUAUGCCCUCCAUUGUACUUUUGGAUUAUGGAAAAACGAGCCCUUUCAACGGUAAAGGAGGAAUAAAUUAUUACCAAUUAUUUAGUCAAAAUAAGCACAACUAUAUAUUGAAAUAUAUGUAAUUUCACAAAAUUUCGGAACUUUAUUAUA